AUGGCGGAAGCGACUGCGGCGUCAGGCAAGAUGCGCGUGAAGCAGGUCUACACGUACCCGAUCAAAUCCAUUCGAGGCAUUUCGUUGCCAUGCCUGAGCGCCACGUAUACGGGCUUCCCGCACGACCGGCGGUUCAUGCUCUUCGACGUCAAACAGGGCAAGAACAUGCACAUUGCCUAUCACGUCGAGAUGUGUCUGUUCACCACCGCCUUCGACGACGCCACCACGCCCAAGGAAGUCAUCGUCACGUACACGAAGGAUCACGUCUUUGACCACCCGGAGCAGAAGGUCAGCAGGGAAGCACUUCACGUUUCGCUGGACCCCGCGACGGAAGGCCUGGACGAGGUCGAGGUCACGAUGCAUUCCAGCCCGGUCAUCGGGUACGACAUGGGCGAGAAGUACGACGCCUGGUUUUCGGAACGCUUCGGCUACGAAGUCAAGCUGCUGUAUAUUGGCGGGAACAGCAGGAAAGUGCUAGGGAACAUGCCACCCCACGUUGCGGCAGAGCAACAGUCGGGCAGCAGUGGCAGCAGUGGCAGCUCGUGGCUGGGCAACAUCACCUCGACCGCGACUUCGCUGCUCCGCUCCGUCACGGGCGGCGGGUAUGAAGGGGUGGACCAGGGCAUCUCGUUCGCCGACGUGGCGCCGUACCUUGUCAUCAGCACGAAGUCGUGGGAGAACGCCCAGCGUCGCCUCGACGGCUCCGGCGAGGUCAUGGACAUCUCCAAGUUCCGGCCGAACAUCAUCGUCGAGGGCGCCGAGGAGGACUUUGAAGAGGACUUCUGGGCCGAGCUGGAGAUCGGGGACGCCGGGGCAAAGAUCGUGCUCACGCAGAACUGUGCCCGCUGCAACAGCCUCAAUGUCGACUACAACACCGGCAAGGUCAGCGAGGGCGAGUCGGGCAAGAUCCUGAAGAAGUUGCAGAGCGACCGCCGCGUCGAUCCCGGGGCGAAGUGGUCGCCGGUGUUUGGCCGGUAUGGCUUUCUCGCCAGGAUCCCCGAGGGGAAGGAAGCACCGGCAAUCAAGGUCGGUGACGAGGUCAGGGUGGUCAAGAGGAACAAGGAGAGGACGAGAUUUGAAUGGCCCAAUCUGAGCACCAGUUGA